AUGGCAGUUGCAUUAACAAGUAGAGCACCAAGCAGUUUGCCAAGUAACACAGAAGUCAAUACGAAAGAGCAUGCAAAGGCUAUAACAACGAGAAGUGGAGUGGAAUUACCUGAGAGACAAGUGAUUAAUCCCGUGGCAAACAGAGAAGAGAUGUCUCCUGAAGUAGAAGAGAUUUUGGAGCAAGAAGAGCAGACAAAAGAGCCAACACCAAGAGCAAAUAAAGGAAACUCAAGGGAUAAAGAGACUGUAACUGUGAACUCAUAUGAGCCACCCAUACCGUUUUCACAGAGGUUGGAGAAGCAAAAGAUGGAACAACAAUACAAGAAGUUUCUCGAGGUCUUCAAGAAACUCCAUAUCAACAUUCCAUUCGGUGAAGCACUAGUUCAGAUGCCUAGCUAUGAAAUUAGGAUUGGGAGAAGCUAA